CACUGUAAACAUACACCAAUCAGAUGUACAGUUUUGCUCAAGAGGAGUGAUGGUGUAACCGUAUGAUGCCUGCUGAGUGCUGACCGUCUUCGUGGUGUGCGGUUACUGCGGUAGAGCACAAGAUCGUUAUAACGUGUGGCUCCUCACCCCUCCUGUCCAGCGGCCUUGUUACGAUGCUUGCUGCAACCCGCCUACUGAGGACGUCGGCACUUCGCAGUGUGAGGUGGUGCAGCGUGCGGGUGGGCAGCAAAGAGUACUUCGAUGACCUGGUGGCACAGAAGAAAGUGGUCGUGUUCAUGAAGGGCACACCAAAUGCUCCAAGAUGUGGGUUCAGUAAUGCUGUUGUGCAGAUCUUCCGCAUGCAUGGUGUUGAAUAUAAUGCCCACAAUGUUUUGGAAGAUGAAACCAUACGACAAGGAAUUAAGGAAUACUCAGAAUGGCCAACAAUACCACAGGUUUACAUUAACAAGGAGUUUGUUGGAGGGUGUGACAUCCUCCUUCAGAUGCACCAAAAUGGUGAGCUGAUAGAGGAGCUACAAAAAGUGGGCAUCUCGUCAGCCUUACUAGAAGCAGAAACUGGCCAAGGAGAUAAAAGUGACAAGUGAAUGUGUAGGUUUAAAUUAAGCAUGGGAUUUCAUCCUGAUUCUCUUGUGUGUUUGUAUAUAGAUGUGUGUGCAUGUGACAAAAUUAUAGGUUAUCAUUUGAAAUGGCUAUCAUUUUCUUAUUGUCAUAGCCAGUCAUAGCUGGACUCAUUGUUACCUAAUGGAACAUUGUUCAUGUACAUAGCCAUAAAAACUCUCAUUGUAUUUAGAGUUUUAUGACCUUUAUGAAAUAAAAAUGUGUAUGUAUAUUUCUAUA